AUGGGAGUGGUGAGCAGCAAAAAGCAGGUGAAGGAGAAGAGUAAGGGCCAAUGGAGUCCUGUGAAGGUCAGCACCCAGAGCAAAGACCCCCCACCACUGCCACCCCUGGUCCUAUUUAACCACCUGGCUCCUACACCUCUGGACACGUGCCUGGACCAAGAGGAGCAUUUCGUGGUGGCCCUGUACAACUACAGCUCGGUGAAUGACAGGGACCUGCAGAUGCUGAAGGGGGAGAAGCUACAGAUACUGAAGGAAGUUGGAGACUGGUGGUUGGCCAGGUCUCUCAUCACUGGAAGAGAAGGCUAUGUGCCCAGCAACUUUGUGGCCCGAGUGGAGACCUUGGAAGUGGAAAAAUGGUUCUUUAGAUCAAUUAGCCGGAAAGAUGCUGAGAGGCAGCUUCUGGCUCCAAUCAAUAAGGCGGGCUCCUUUCUUAUCAGAGAGAGUGAAACCAACAAAGGUGCCUUUUCUUUGACUGUGAAGGAUGUGACCACCCAGGGGGAGAUGAUCAAACACUACAAGAUCCGCUCCCUGGAUGAAGGGGGCUAUUACAUCUCCCCCCGCAUCACCUUCCCUACUCUCCAGGCUUUGGUGCAACAUUAUUCUCAGAAAGGGGAUGGUUUAUGCCAGAGGCUGACCCACCCCUGUGUGAGCCUGGUUCCUCAAAACCCCUGGGCCCAGGAUGAAUGGGAAAUCCCCCGGCAGUCUCUCAAGCUGGUCAGGAAACUUGGGUCUGGGCAGUUUGGCGAAGUCUGGAUGGGUUAUUACAAGAACAACGUGAAAGUGGCCAUCAAGACCUUAAAGGAGGGAACCAUGUCUCCGGAGGCCUUCCUGGCAGAGGCCAACCUGAUGAAAACUCUCCAGCAUGAGAGGCUAGUUCGUCUCUAUGCCGUGGUCACCAAGGAACCCAUUUACAUCGUGACGGAGUACAUGGCCAGAGGAUGCUUACUGGAUUUCCUGAAGACGGAUGAAGGUAGCAGAUUGUCCCUUCCCAGACUGAUCGACAUGUCAGCCCAGAUUGCCGAAGGAAUGGCAUAUAUUGAGCAAAUGAAUUCAAUCCACCGCGACCUGAGGGCAGCCAACAUCUUGGUGUCUGAGACCUUGUGCUGUAAGAUCGCUGACUUCGGCUUGGCCCGCAUCAUUGACAGUGAAUACACUGCCCAAGAAGGAGCCAAGUUCCCCAUCAAGUGGACUGCCCCAGAGGCCAUCCAUUUUGGGGUGUUCACCAUCAAAGCAGACGUGUGGUCAUUUGGAAUCCUCCUGAUGGAAAUCGUCACUUAUGGGCGUGUACCCUACCCAGGAAUGAGCAACCCCGAGGUCAUCCGCAGCUUGGAGCGCGGCUACCGCAUGCCGCGCCCCGACUCAUGCCCGCCGGAGCUGUACCGAGGUGUCAUCGCCGAGUGCUGGAGGAACCGGCCGGAGGAGCGGCCCACCUUCGAAUUCCUGCAGUCAGUGCUCGAGGACUUCCACACGGCCACCGAGCAGCAGUACGAGCUGCAACCCUAGACCCUGGCGCG